AUGCAGAAUCUGGCCGAUGGGCUACAGAUCCGCAUUGGUAUUCUACCUUCAUCAGUGAGCUACUGGCCUAUCCCUGCGCCUGUUCGCCCAGCCGACGAAAGCUCAUCGUGUCCACGGGGGUUUUCGCAGAUCACGUGCACGUAUGCAGUACAGUAUCUUCUUUACAGUACGUCGAAGGCAUAUGGUCUACCUAGCCCACACUUGGCAACCGGCGAGAAUGGCGCAAGCCUUUCCCUGCUUUUCAUCGUUGUCGUUGUGCCUGGGGCGAGGGAGGAAGGGAGGAAAGGCAGGCAUACCAGUGAGGAAACGGUUGGAGGAGCAGAAGGACGAUGGACAGGCGAGUACGCGCCGCUUCCUCCGCCCCGACUUCCCUGCAUGCAUGCAUUCCCCGUAUGGCGGGCGGCGCGGCUGGUACAGAUCUGGUUUGACGUGGGGCUAAGACGCAAGAACAACGCAGAAGAUCCAUCACUCUACUUAAUUGACAGUGAGAACUCGGACCUGCCACGCUUCGACCCACGACCUUUCCUCUCCUGCUUCGGGCAGCAUUCUGCGACUGCUGCGCAUGCCGACGUCUCGGCUUUGCGGCGACGACACGUUCACCCUCAGCACGACGUGCAAUAUCCUCCACGGCCGGUCGCAACCAUGGCCGCCUUAUCCAUCGAGAACUGGGACGACGACGCCGACUUUCAAGGCGAUUUCAAUGCCUUUGCACAUACCAGCCAUGGCUCGGCUCCUUCACAACGAUCACGACUGAGCAGCCUGCGCUCCGAAUCCGUCACUGGCGAUGAAGAUUGGAAUGUGGUCAUACAACCCGACAAUGAAUCCAGCACCACGCAAGCCAUUCGCUCAGCGAAGCUUGCCGGAAUCCCUCUACCAAAUAAUAUCCCAUCUAGUGCCCUCCUUGGUGGGACCAUCAAACGAUUAGGGAAGCGGAAAUCCAAACAGAAACUACGAGACGAUGAUUGGGAUGGGGAUCUCGAAAUGAGCGAUCUUCCUCUCAAACUCAAACCUCGACAGGAGUUUCCAUCAUCAUCUCUCGGCGACGACCUGGACGACUUUGACGAUCUCGAGGGCAGUUUAGGCAUCCGAUUUGCUGGGACAAAGCGCGAUACUCGUGCACGUAGCUCAUCAGCAUCCAUGAUGAGUCCGAGCUUGGACUCGGUCGCGAAUGAUAGCGAGAUCGACGACCUCGGCGGUCUUGAGCUGCCAGAAGGUCCGAUGGACUUCGAGGCCAUCUUGAAGAAACGGCGGGCCGCAGAUGCCGACCUGUCCGAUAUCUCUCAGCCGAGCCCGGCAGUCGAGCAGACAGCCACAAUGAACUCUCACAAGAAAUCCAAGCACCACGCCGAAGAAACAGACGACUUUGCAGGCGACUUUGACUUUGCUGGCGCCGAUGUUCUCGAUGUGCGGAAGCGCACCGUCAACAAAAAUCUAAAAGUCAAGUCGGCCAAGCCGGCGUCCUCAUCACCUCGACCUGCAACCACAAUUAACUUUCACGACAAACCCACCGACAAACCCAUCUACAACCGAUCUCACAUUCCGCGGCCAGUGUCGGGAAUCAAGAAUUCCUCCCGGCUCGAACCGGUCUUUGAGAGUGGCAUUCCAUCCGCCGUGCGGGAGCGUCGUCAACCUACCACGACCAGCGCUCAACUUCUCCGUGCAAAACGUUCGAUGCCGGUCUUGCGUAAUGCACCCAGCAUCAAUUCAUUUAGCAAGCCCACUCCUUCAUACGCGGCUCCCACUUCAUCCAGCUUUCAAUCCCCGCACACUGCGGCACACAGAGGGAUGCCGAUGCAUUUGCGGUCAGACUCUGAUCACGCUCGACGUGGCGCUCAGUCGCCACCUCUCCGAUCCCAUUCCCGCCUCUCCAACCAAGUGGUCCCAGACACGCCCUCACGGACAUCGAGACAACGUAAUGACGUCGCACCUGCAGCUCUUGCUCGGGAAGCGGCUGCAAAACGAACUUUGACCAGACCAGCUCGCCGAAGGAAUUUCGGCGAUGGCUCUGAGCUGGAGGUCUUUGACGAUCUUCCCACGUCUUACACGAAAGAGAGUCGCUUCGUCAAAGAGCCGCAAUCUCGUGGCACGUCCAAGGUGGGCCUGCGACAGACACAAAGCCGCGGUGACAUUCGUGAACAAUCUCGAAGACAUUUUGCCAUGCCCGAUCGCAUGAUGACUCCCGCACCCAGGACUCCUGCAAGCCCCACCAAGGCAUUUUAUGAUACUCCGACAGGGCCCACACCAAGCUAUCUCCGAGACACCGCCGCGAGCCGAAUCGCGAGAGAGACGAGAUUGGCUAGUAACCCUCGUCCUCGAAGUGAAGGCCCUCUACAACCUCUGACCACCAACUGGAAAGCACAAGUGGCCGCUCGAAGCCCAUUCUCCAGUCCGAAUGCCCAACGUCAACGAGGUCGACGACCGGCGCUAAUCUCGGGAAUUGGUUCCCAUGGCACCGCAAAGAGUGAGAAGGGAAUGGUGUACAACCCACAGACCCUUCGAUGGGAGGGCAAUGAGAACACACUCGCGCAAUUUGAUAUGCCGCCGGCGGAGACUCCUACCCCAACCGCACAUCACCGACUACAACAUGCGACUUCUUACAUGGAUAUCCCGAUCACGGACGACCUUGAUUUUGAAAGCCAUGACGAGGACAAUAGCCUCAACAACAGUCGCAACGCAGACAACAAUCACAACCUCAAGACCAUGUUUAACAAUGCCAAGUCUGCUUCUCCGACACGACCCGCACUCAUCACCAAGAUUGCCACCUCCAAUAACACCGGCCACAACGUGCAAGUUCAAAAUGGCAUGGUUUACGAUCCACAGCAAAUGAAGUGGUUGAAAUGGAAAGGUGGUCGUGACGCGUCUGGCCAGCUGAGUCCCUCGGUGACCUCAGGCGGCGAGGACGAUGACGAAGAAGAUGCAUUUGCUGGAAUUGAUGACCUCCGCGAUGAGAACGCCCCUCCUCUUCUCCCAGGUGGAGGCGAUGCAGCAGCUGCCAUUGCUGGAAUGGCCAGCCCAGUCUCACUGGCCGCUGCCGGUGUUGGCGAGGUCCACGAAGAAUUCGACAUGGGACCGCGCUUCAUCCAGCUGCAAAAGGAUGAAGAGACAGCAUGGCGCCGACGGUGCAGCGCAUGGUUCGUGAACGACUCACCGCGAGCAGACCACGACUCUGGCAAAUGGAGAUAUGCCCUGCGUGACAUCUUGCCGCUCCAUGAGGUUUCGGCCGAGGAGAAGGUGGCUGCGCCAGCAAUCGCAGCCAUCCCGACAGAUGCAGAAGAAUCAACACCCACAAUUCAGUCAGCCACUGUAGCUGAAAUCACCGUGGAAAGCACCACAGAAACAACUUCCGCAGAGGCCGGAAUGGCUGGCGUCACUCUUGACCCUUUGCUUAUAUAA